CAACUCAAGUAGCAUCGGUGAAUGGAGGGAGGUAAUCCUGCAUCACAGCCAGAGCAGCAGAGCCGAGCAGUGCUGCAUGUGGAUGCGGGGCAUCCUGGGAUCCAUCCUACCUUUCUCUGCACGACGCAUUGGACAUCAACGACAACCUGACGGGAGCACGAGCACACCAUGGUGCACCUCUCGCCUGCUCGACGCUCUGCUCUGGGGCAUUUAGGGGACCCUGGAGUGUGGGCAUUGUGACGUUCACUUGCACGCCGCUCUUGUGUUGACUUUAUUGUUCUCGGUCGGCCGAGACACAGCUCGGCACAGCAAAAAUGUUGAGUCGAUUCGUGAGUGGCAGCGUCAGGAAUCUGGAAAGGGAAUACUGCUGCACUGUUAGGCUGCUGGACGACUCGGAAUAUACAUGCACCAUUCAGCGCGAUGCUAAAGGACAGUAUCUGUUUGACCUCAUCUGCCACCACCUCAACUUGCUGGAGAAAGAUUAUUUUGGCAUCCGAUAUGUGGACCCAGACAAGCAGCGGCACUGGUUGGAGUUAACACGAUCCAUUGCUAAGCAAAUGAAAUCUCAGCCUCCGUUCACCAUGUGUCUGCGAGUCAAGUUCUACCCUCCGGAUCCUGCUGCUCUAAAAGAAGAAAUCACACGAUAUCUGGUUUUCCUGCAAAUCAAAAGAGACCUUUACCACGGCCGGCUCCUGUGUAAAACCUCCGAUGCUGCCUUGCUAGCAGCCUACAUCCUUCAAGCUGAGAUCGGUGAUUAUGACCCUGGGAAGCAUCCUGAAGGUUACAGCUCCAAAUUCCAGUUUUUCCCAAAACAUUCGGAGAAACUGGAGCGCCGGAUUGCGGACAUACACAAGACGGAGCUCAUCGGGCAAACACCUGAAACAUCAGAGCGUAAUUUCUUGCAGAAAGCCCAGAUGCUGGAGACAUAUGGUGUUGAUCCACAUCCAUGCAAGGAUGUGUCGGGGAACCCAGCUUUUCUUGCCUUCACACCGUUUGGUUUUGUGGUGCUGCAGGGAAACAAGAGAGUGCAUUUCCUUAAAUGGAACGAGGUGACCAAACUGAAGUUCGAGGGCAAGACGUUUCACAUUUAUGCAAACCAGAAGGAGGAAAAAAAGAUCAUCCUGACGUACUUUGCACCCACACCAGAGGCAUGCAAGCACCUUUGGAAGUGCGGUGUGGAAAACCAAGCCUUCUAUAAGCUGGAGAAGUCAAGUCAGGUGCGGACGGUGUCCAGCAGCAACUUAUUCUUCAAGGGCAGCCGUUUCCGCUACAGUGGUCGGGUGGCAAAAGAAGUAAUGGAGCAGAGUGCCAAAAUCAAACGGGAACCUCCAGAAAUACACAGGGCUGGCAUGGUUCCCAGCAGGAGUUGUCCAUCCAUCACUCAUGGACCUCGUCUCAGCAGUGUCCCACGCACACGCCGGAGAGCUGUGCACAUAUCUAUCAUGGAGGGUCUGGAGUCACUCCGUGACAGCGCCCACUCCACCCCGGUACGUUCGGUGUCCCACGGCGAAGCGUUUAUCCCCCGUUCCCGCAGCCAGGCCACGGAUUCCGGCGAGGGGACGGCGGUGAUUUCGGACGAGGCGUACAGCCCCUUGGACAGCGUCCUGCCCACUCCGGUGUCCGAGCACGGCACAGCAGAGCUGAGCGGCUCACGCCAACUCAUCAAUGGGGCGCCGUGCAGUAUCGAGGAGGAGAAGGAGUCGGAGGCGGGGACCCCCACGCAUGGGGAAGGGGGGGAUUUUGGUGCUCAAGAGGGAGCUGCCAGAGGGGCCCUCAGCGAGGUGGAACAGGUGAAUAAGUUCGUCUUAAGUGUCCUCCGUUUACUCCUCGUCACCAUCGGGCUCCUCUUUGUUUUGCUCCUCCUCCUCAUCGUCCUCACCGAGUCCGACCUUGACGUGGCUUUUUUACGUGACAUCCGGCGGACCCCUGAAUUCGAGCAGUUCCAUUACGAAUACUUUUGUCCCCUCAGGCGGUGGUUUGCCUGCAAGCUCCGCUGGGUGGGCGGGUUGCUCGUUAGCAAGUGAGAGGUGGUUAAAAAAAACACCACGUGACUCGUCGUCCUCCUGCUGCUUGGACCACCUUGGUGACCAGGUUCUCUCUCUCUCCUCCCUCUCCCACUUUCAGUUCAACACCACCUCCCACCUCAGUUUCUUAUCUUUUUUUUUUUUUUUUUUAAACAAAUCAUCUUUUUUCCCCUCCUUUUUUCGCAUUUUUACUCAACGUCUGAGAGGAAUGAGCAUUGCCUUCAUGCGAUAUUUAUUGAGUUUAAAAAGAAACUAUCAUUCAGGACGGGCAGUAUAGAAGCAGGAUGUGAGGACAUCAAGUUAGAGAAAGUCAAUGAAGGUUGUUAUAAAAGCGAUAAAUGCCUUUUUCUUCCCUUUUUUUUUUUUAGAAGACUGGUUUGGAUGAUUGUUUUUAAGAGGAAGUUAAGGUCAAAUGUUUACAUACACUCAUCAUUGGUGUGGAUGUCAUAUUCAUUUUAAGGUCCAAAUAAUUUAUUUCAGCACUUCUUUUUACAGGGUGCAAUGAUUAUGCAUGAUUGUAAAAAACAAUUUACAUUUUGUCUAAUUUACACAGAAAAUAUAUACAUACAGUUGUCAAGAUAAUAAAUCUUAAUGUCUUAUUCGUUUUAAAAACAAAUAAUUUUUCACUUAACUUUUUUUUCAAUGGACAAAAACUAAAAUGUAGACACAAAUAUAUACAUACAGUCACCUAAAUAAUCUAUCGUGGACUCAAAUGUCUUUUUAAUUUUGGCCUCUUUAUGACUUACGUGGAUAUUCUUUUUUUGCAGGAUGCAAUGAUUAUACAACAUCACUUUUAAAAACAAGAAUUUAAUUUUUUUCAAUAAUUAACAUUGGUUCAGAGGUAUACUUUGAGGUUUAAAUACUCUAUAUACAUACAGUCACCUACAGUUUUCAAUACCUGGUGAUGAAAGGUAAACAAUGUCUUAACUAAAAAAAAACAAGCUCAAUCAACUUAAAAAAUUCUGGACCCUAUUAAAGUGAGAGAAAAUUCAAAAUAAAUUCCAAAUCUGGUUCUUAUUUUUGUUCAAAAUAAGACAUUCAAGGCUGUGAUGCGUGUAUGUAAAGUAAAGCAAUGUAUGGUGAGGCCACACAUACGUAUAGUAGAGGAAUGAAUAGCUAAUAUCCUAGAUGUGCAAUGCUCUCAAUAAGGUGAAUGUCUUUUAUUAAUUCUAUUCAUUUACAUCAUUUUUCAUGACCUUGAGAUUCAAUGAAUUUCAAUUAUUUCUUACUAUGAAGAUUUAUUUUGUUUUAAAAAAGAAAAAAAAUCAAGGUUUAGGUUUAUUGUAUUAUAUUAGAAGAUGAGAUGUACUUUUGUUGUACAAAAUGAGUUGGUUUCCUAAUAUAUUGACAGCUCCAAUAUGUAUAUUUUAACAGGAGGCAAAUGUUAUUUUGUUAAUGAAGACAAGAAAUUAUACUUUUUGUAGCACAGUGGUUCAAGUAGAGGACAUCAUUCAUUGAGAUUUGAAUGGUUUUUGUGUAUCCCUUCUGUCAAAAUGUAACCCCCAAAUACGUGUUAGUGGAUUUAAAACUUAUUUUUAAAAAAACUCUCAUUAAAAACCUAAUUAUGCACAUUAUUGGCAGAUGUGAUGACUUGUUAUAUUUUAAAUACAUGUAAAAACAUGUUGAAAAUCAAUUUAUUUUUCAACAAAAAUUUGGGAUGUAAAUUAAAUAAAAAAUACAAAUGGAAAAAUAAUAUAAAUACAAAUAUAAAAAUAACUAAUGUUAAUAUUUGUAUUACAACAAAUUUUAGCUAAAAAACUGAACUUGCAAUUGUUAUUAUUAGCAAUAGUCUUAUCUGACAAAAAUACAAAAAAAUACUGCUGCCCCACUGGGGGAACCUUCAUAUGUGGACAUGAAUUACAUACAGUAUGGGUUUGAAAUAUAAUAUAAUGACACAAAAACAUUACAUUUUGGUCCAUGUUUGACAUUGGAGAUUCUUUAACCAGUCCAGUGGAGGGUGGACUGAGUUUGACCUCCUCCUAAUUUGACAGCUGGGGGAGGAAUGACUUAAAAAAAAAUAUCACCAUCCAUCCGCCUGUACUAAGUGCAGGUGCAAAUGGUAUUCUGUUUCUAUGUUGGAACUGGAAAAAAAACAAAUCCCUUUAUGUCCGUGUUUUGCAUAAAGCUACCUAACAAGUAAUGUUGCCGUUGGAUCCACUGUUGUUUUAUUUGUCCUGAUAAAAUAAAUUGAGAGGUUAGUUGGUUGUGUAUCAGCGUUGUAACGAUGUAGCGUCUCCAAACAGGCAACUUUAAACCUGAAAGAAAGGCACCAUUCAUGAAGCAAUAAUGGUUGGAAUAAAGAAAAAAAAAGUGAACCGUAAUACAAUUACAACUGUACCCUCAGAGGUUUUUUUUUUUGGCAAAGAUGGAAGAAAAAGACUACUGAUGGUAUUAAAAAGUCUUAAAUGUUGCAUAUCAUGACAUUUUUUUUACAUGCAAUGGCUUUCAUACAUCUCUUUUCAAAUGUAGCUGUUCAUUUUAAAAACAGGUAGAAGUGGGUUCAACAUGUUUGGAAUGGACUUAAAAUUGACAUUUUUGUACAAUGUGAUGUAAAAACGACCUUGGUUUUAGUCUGGAAACUUUUUUUUUGUGUGUUUCAAAUUAGCUUAAGGGGUGUUCUUGUUAUUUGGUCUCUUCUUAAAUGUGACAAUAAGCACAUGUUAGAGGUUUCAAUGUCCAAAUGCGUCCUGGUUCCCCCUGUGAUUGAAUACUUGUAACCCCCCCCC